AUGGUGCGCGCUCCCGCGGUCAAGUGUAUGUGCACUGGAUUAAAGAGUUGGACACAGACUGAGUGAAGAUGGCGAUGAGGACAGCGCUGCGGUGCCUCUCCGCAAACUUUUCUCCCAGACUGCCUCAGCUCUCGCCCGCAGCGCAGCUCUCAGCCAGCCGGCUGCUGUGGAGGAGCGGCUCCCCGCGGACACUGAGCACCACCUCGGCCCUGUCCUCAGCCCUGAAGUUCACAGAGAAGCAUGAGUGGGUGAGAGUGGAGGGUGGGAUCGGCACAGUUGGUAUCAGCAGUUAUGCUCAGGAAGCGUUAGGUGACGUGGUGUACUGUGGACUCCCUGAAGUUGGCCAAAGACUUGAACAAAUGGAGGAGUUUGGUGCUCUGGAGAGUGUAAAGGCUGCGAGUGAGCUGUACUCACCACUGACAGGAGAAGUAACUGAAAUCAACACAGAGCUGGCAGAGAAUCCUGGACUUGUGAAUAAAGCCUGCUAUGCAGAAGGCUGGCUAAUCAAGAUGACGAUCGAGAAGCCAGAGGAAGUGGAGAGCCUCAUGGAUCAGGCUGCGUAUGAUACAUUUCUUAAGUCGCUUGAAGAAUAAAUCAGUGAACUCACUGUGCUGUUUUGUAAUGUCAUUUCAGUCAGAGAUCAGUAGGCCAGGUUACUAACACCUUGUGUGACACUCUUCUUCGUCUGUGGUAUUUAUUUUGAUACUGGAAUUGUGCUAUCAAAAUAUAAAAAAUAAAAUACUCUGUAACAACUUCCACUUAGAAGGUUAGGAUUUGUUUUAGCCACUAGCAAACCUAAAGGGCUCUUAAUCUCCACAUCUGUCUGUGGCACCGGGUCUCGUUCCUGGUGCUUAGCUCCAUUUUCAGAUGUGCACAGAUGUGUUGAAGGACUGGAAAGUGAUUGUAAGCGCUGUGUCACAUUCAUUUAAUAAAAUUUAAACUUGAAACAAAAUAA